AUGACAGCCAGAUAUGCAAAGGAUCAGCCCAUUGGGUUCGUCAACCACAUCCGGAAGGUGGCCAUCGUUGGUGCGAAUGGGCGGAUUGGAAAAGUCUUGACCGAACACAUCCUCCGGGCAGGGCAACACGAAGUCACAGCCAUUACCCGAAUUGGGAGUAGUAGUAUCUUGCCACUAGGCGUCAUGGCUGUUGUCGUUGACUAUAACGAUGAACCAUCGCUCGUUUCCGCCUUGUCGGGUCAAGACUUCCUUAUCAUUACCCUUUCCGUGACAGCUGCUCCGGAUGCGCAUAGCAGACUUGUCAAGGCAGCUGCCAAGGCGGGUGUGCCGUACAUCAUGCCCAAUGCUUACGGUCUCAACUUCUACGACAGCGAGAGCAUCCGGCGCGAUAUUCCUGUGACACAGUACGCCUAUGAUAACAUUGCCGAAGUGAAACAGCUCGGUCUAAAAUGUAUCGCCCUGGUUGUCGGGUUCUGGUAUGAGUAUAGUCUGACGACUACGGAGGAUAUGUUCGGAUUCGACCUCAAGAAUCGCAAGGUCACCAUGUUUGAUGAUGGUAGAAAGGCUAUUCCCACAUCAACAUGGGCUCAAUGUGGCCGCGCUGUGGCUGCCUUACUGAGCAUGAAGAAAUUCCCAGACGAUGAGAGCGACAAGUCUGUGGCUCUUUCUCGCUUCCACGACCGACCUGCCUUCGUCUCCAGCUUCAAUGUCAGCCAACGGGACAUACUUAACAGCGUGGAGAGAGUAACUGGGACUGAUGACGUUGACUGGGAGAUCAAGUACCAACCAGCCAAGGUUCGGUAUGAGGAGGGUGGGAAGGAACUGGCUGAAAGCAAUGCGAUGGGUUUUUAUAAAAUAAUGUUCUCCAGAGUGUUCUAUGCCACUGGCGACGCUGACUUUGAGUCAGACAACCAGUUGCUGGGCCUGGUGGAGGAUGAUUUGGAUGAGGCUACUGCUAAUGCUAUGGAUAUUAUGAACGAGACGUAG